AUGUCUGAUAAACGUUCAACAUUAUCGAAGUUGAAGAAAUCGUUCAGAAUUCCAAUCCGAUUGAGACGUAACCGCCAUGAAGAGGCCAUUGAUGCUCUGGAGGGGCCUUUGCCUCCCUUCCUGCAGGCGCCGCCUCCGCGGGCAGAUGUGCAGGUGUUACAGAAAGAGUGGCAAUUCAAGGAGCGCCGUACUGACUUGAUCGAACACCUUGACAGCCUUUAUGAGAAGGCCUAUGAGUUCGACAAACCGUUGGUUGAUCCCACCGCUUACAACAAGUUGAAGAUCCGCUGUGAAACUUUGGAUCUUGGCGAUGACGGGGAGUGCGAGAACGGAAUUGACGUUCCGAACUUCUUUGUCCCCUUUCCUCUCGAGACCCUCAUGGAGCAUCGAAUUGUGACGCCAGAUGAGGAAACCAAAAGGGACUAUGAGGCCCAUGAAGACAUAUUUGAUCGUACGAAGAAUGGCUUCGAGUCGCGAGCACCGUACUUCCGUCUUAUCUGGCAUUUUGAGUGCUUUCGCAGAAGCGGAAUCCCUGAUGGCCCAGGACGGUUGAUCGACAUCACAGUGUGGAGAAAACAGCUGUACGACUUCUCUACGCCUGAGACAUUGAGCUCCUCGACGACUCUCUUCAUGCAGUGGAUGGCUAGCAAGACAGGAGGCAACACUAGUGGCUUUCCUCUGGAGGACUUUGAGCCAUUUGAGGAGGAUGAUGAUACCGAACUAUUUGGCAAGAAGGAGAUUGAAAAGAUCUCUGAUGCGCCUUGA